GCCGUGGUAGGAGGAGGUUGCGCUGCUCUUCAAAGGGGGAUAUCCGACACCCCCCUUCUACCUCCACCACCACCACUGCCCAACUGACCUCCUCAGGCCCCCCUUUGGUCAGCUGGGGUCACGGGAGGGGGACACACGCCUGGAACACCACCCCUUCACUGCCUGGAAACUGGAAAUAGAUUGAAACGAUAAUUUAUACUCGUGUGAAAGAAGGAGGAGAGAGAAAAGGAGGAAAAAGGUGUAUCCUCCUCCUCCUCCUCCUCCUCCUCCUCCUCUUCCUCCUCCUCCUCCUCCUCCUUCGUCUUGGUAUAAAGGGAGGAAGAGAAAGAUAAAGAGGAAGUUAAUAAGAAGGAGAAGGAGAGGACAUGAUCAAGAGGUAAAAAAAAAGAUAAUUAUUCGUAUUUCUGUUUUUCUCUCUCUCUCUCCUUUCCUUCCUUCCUUCCCGUCCUUCCCUCCUUCAUUCCCUCCUCGACUGUGAAAAGAAAAGAAAGAAAAUAGAAAAAAAGGAAAAAACUGCUCAAUUUUAUGAUAAACACUUCAAUUUUUACUUACAUCUGUUUAUAAGUGGUGUUUGUAGUGUUGCUGGUACUACUACUACUACUACUACUACUACUACUGCUGCUGCUACUACUGCUGCUACUGCUACUGCUGCUGUGUUACUAGUGGACAGAAAGAAAGGAAAGUGAAAACGUGUGGUAGAAGAAAAUAGAAGAAAAGAGAAGAAAAGAAAAGAAUAUUUGUUUUGUUACGUCUCGUCGCUACUACUACUACUAUUACUACUACUACUACUACUACUACUACAAGAACGAGGAGUGGAGGACAAAAAAACAAACAAACGAACAAACACAAGACCAAGAUAGAAAACAAAACAAUAAACACAAUAAAAAACAAGAAAAAAAAAACAAAAACAAAAAAAUAUCCCUUUCAAGUGUGACAAAUAACCUGUUUCUGCUGUCCGUCUGUCUGCCUGUCUCGUCUGCUGCUGCUGCUGCUUCGUCGCCUGCUGUUGGUCGAAAGGCAUGUUCCUCUUUAAGUGUGAGUGAGUGCUUGGGGGGGCGAGGGAGAGGUGGUGGAGACAGAGUGAGAGGCGGGGAGAGAGAGGCAAGUCCACACACUCCCGUUCCUUUCCUGUCUAAUGCAAGACGUUGAGCCACAAAACGUUUACCAGUGAGUGUUCAGAAGGAUCCUUAGAAACAUCCCCAUCUCUCGUCCUUAGAAGGGAGAGAGAGGGAGAGGCAGGAGAGAGAGAGAGGCAAGUCCACACACACUCUCCCGUUCCUUUCCUGUCUAAUGCAAGACGUUGAGCCACAAAACGUUUACCAGUGAGUGUUCAGAAGGAUCCUUAGAAACGUCCCCAUCUCUCGUCCUUAGAAGGGAGAGCCAGAGGGAGAGAGAGAGGGAGAGGCAGGAGAGAGAGGCAAGUCCACACACUCCUGAUCCUCUCUCCUGUAAACGUUGAGCCACAAAACGUUUACCAGUGGCCUCAGGAACGUCCUUAACCUAAGCUAACCUAAUCUAAUACUAAACGUUCAUCCCUAAAACGUUUUCCAGGGGGCUCAAAACGUCCUGAUAAACGUUUGCCCUCUUACAAACAUUUCCUCCUCUCCUCUUUUCUCUCUGUUGACAAGGGGCGCCAGACUCUGCCCCACUCUGCCCUUCCAUAGAGUGUCUCAAGGGCCCUGGCUCCCCUAAACCUUCCUGGGUGAAGGAACGUUUUUUCCAACCCUGAAGGAAGUUAACGUUUCUCAACCUAACCUAACCUAACCUCACCUCACCUCACCUCACCUCACCUCACCUCACCUCACCUCACCUAACCUAACCUAACCUUACCUAACCUUACCUUCAAUAAAAUUUGCUGACACUUUCCUCCUCCUCUUCCUCCUCUUCCUCCUCCUCCUCCUCCUCCUCCUCUUCCUCCUCCUCCUCCUCCUCCUCCUCCAAAUAUGAUCUACCAGUACCCUUCCGCUCUUCCUCUUCUCCUAUCUCCCCUCCUCGCCUCCUCCUCUCCUCUCCUCUUCUCUCCCCUCUCCUCUCAUUAAGCCAUCUCUCUCUCUCUCUCUCACCUAGAAUAGAGAAAGGGAGAGAGAGAAAAGGGAGAGAUAGAGAGAGUUAAACAGAGCGAGCGAUUCUCUCUCUCUCUCUCUACACUGGAAUUUGAUAUACAUGAGUGGAGUUGACAAGGCUGGAAAAGGCCUAUAUCUGGAAUCCUGGAAGCGUCUGGAAGCAUCUACUGGAACGGCCUAACAUCAUUUCUUAUGGGAAGUUAUUGUGGCCGCGUCUGGAAACUAGAAGACACGUGGCAGCCUCUCCCUGGAAAUUCUGGACCGUGGAACUUGUGAGCCUGGAAGUGUCGUGUGAGAGUGUAUGGCACUGUUUUCACCCUCACUCACUUUCACACUCACUCGCUGCUAUUCCAGGCAAGUUAAGUCUCCGCUGUCGCCUGGAAGCGGGAAAAACUGGAAACUGGAAGGGAAAAUGUUACUGGACUUUCCUCCUUUUCCAGAAUAUAUCCUGGAAACUGCCUGGCUGCAUUUUUAGUUGAUUUCCCAGCGGUAAGGGCAUUUCCAGACUUUCCAGACACUCGCCUCGCUGGAAAGACUCGCAAAACGCUUCCUGGAAUACAGUGUGUGCUGGUGCCGGCGCUCAUUUUGCAAAGCAGUUGAACCUCCGUGCUUCCAGACUGUCCCGGAAAGAAGUAGUGACGGUUUCCAGGUCUCCAUGCUCUCUGGAAGCGAAGUCUGCUAAAUUCCAGCCUUCAGAACCUCUCAGGAAAGAACUAAACCUUUCCAGUGCUCCCAGUUCGCUUAAAAAGGACUUCCCUCAAAAAUUCCAGUCUUCCGGAUCUGCUGGAAGGAAGUAAAUUUUCCAGGACAAUUCACGUACCCCUGGAAACAAGACACGGUCGUUUCCAGUUCACCAUCUUCCCUGGAAAGGAGAUCCGAGCGUUCCAGCAAACAGUACACACCAGGAAGUGAUCUAAAGGCUUCCAGUUUCCAGCAAUUCCCAAGACUCCAGCUGUGUGGAGCCAAUGAAAGGACUCGUCGGUCAUAUCCUUCAGCACAGAAAGAACUCCUUCCUUCCAGUACUUCCAGACCGUGUACCCAUUUAACGCUUCCAGCAGUCUUCCAGUUAAUAAGGGACUGACUCUAUCCUCUUCACCUGCCUGGAAAAUACGACUCCAGGCCCUUCCAGUCCAGCUAAAGGUCCUGGAAUGUGGAGUGUUUGAGCUUAAGAGGUGCUGGAAAAAGUACACGCUGGAGGCACUGGAAUGAGGCAGUGUGGUGCUGGAACGCGCGGUUGAAGUGAUCAGUGUGGUUCUGGAAGUGUUGUGGAGCCUAAGACGAGAUUAAAAAGUGGAUAAACUUGAAAUUCGAAAAAGAAAAUAUCAGGAAAAAAUAAGGAAAAAGGACAAAGUUGAAUAAAGACUGGAAAUUCAUGAAGAAAAGUCUGAAUACUAAAAACAAACUGGGAAUCGAAAAAAAAACAAAACAGACUGAAAAGUGAUAAAGCGAAGCCAAAAUUGAUAAAAAAAUAAACUGGAAAUUGAAAAAAUAUCUGGAAAUUUAACAAAAAAAAAAAAAUACUAGGAAAUAAAAAAAAUUAGACUGGGAAAUUAAAACUGAAAAGACGUGCAAGUUUGUAACAACAUAAUAGAUUUGUUUACGAGAGAGAGAGAGAGAGAGAGAGAGAGAGAGAGAGAGAGAGAGAGAGAGAGAGAGAGAGAGAGAGAGAGAGAGAGACUAGAAUUUCUAACGAGUUAUAAAGAGGAGAAGACUAAACAGAGAGAGAGAGAGAGAGAGAGAGAGAGAGAGAGAGAGAGAGAGAGAGAGAGAGAGAGAGAGAGAGAGAGAGAGAGAGAGAGCGCCCUGGAGUAUUUCUGGAGCUGAAGAAGGAAAAAGAAAACUAAAAAUACUUUCUCAAGACAAACAAAUAAAGAGAAAAAAAGAAAGAAACUAAGACAAACAAACGAACGAACUGAAUCUGGGAGGAAGGCUUGUCCUGGAAUCUUAGCUCUUCUGGAACGCCUCCUGGAAUACUGGAAUAAUAAUCCUGGAAAACUGGAAAACUGGAAGAAAACGAAAAAUUGAUCAAGAAAAUGAGAUACAGGUAAAUAUUGGAAAACAUUAAUAAAAAAACAACUUGAAAGGAGAAAAGAAAUUAAAAAAGAAAUAAACUGAAUAGAUAGAAAAGAAAGGAAAGGAAGAGGUGAAAUAAAUGAAUAAAUAAACGGAGAGAGAGAAAAAUAACUGAUGAAAGAUUAGAAUUGAAAAAAAUAGAAAAAAAAAGAAAAAAAGAAUUUGAAUAGAGAGAAAAGUGGAGAAGAAUACUAAGGAGAAAAGGAAAAAGAAAAUAAGAAAUAAAACUGGAAAUAUAAAGAAAACGAGAGACGAGAGAAAGUUGAAAGUAGAAAAAAAUCAUUGACAUUUUGAAAAGAGAAAUAGAAAGAAAAGGAAAGAAAUUAGAAGAAAAAGAUAAAUUAAAAUAAAUACGAGGAAAGAAAAAAAAUUGUAAAAAAUAAGAACUUGACAAAUUAAAGAAAAGGAGAUAGAAGAAGAGAAGGAAAGGAGGAAAAUAAGAAAAUAUUUAAGAGGAGAAAAUAAUUGAAGGAGAAACUAAAGAAAAAAAGAAAAGAACAAAGAAAACGAGAGAAAGAGAGGAAGGACAAAGAAAACGGAGGAGGAAAGAAGAAACAGAAAACGGAAGAAAGGAGACAAAGAACACGGGAGAAGAGAAUUCGUCUUUCUUCCCAAAUUGGAGGAGUUUUGGGGGUUUUCUCUCCAUCCCUCCAUUUUUUCCCUCCAUCCCUUCAUCUAUCUGCAGCUUUCCUCCAGCGCUUCGUGAAUGACUCGAGUUGAAGGGGGUACCACUCAAAACGACGCGGCGCUGGACUCUCUUUUUCUUCGCGCUCUGAAAACUCGCCUUUACACCCUUGUAGCGCCCUCGCCAAGGGGUGAAAUAGGGGGCACAUCCACUGCUUAGGUCAGACUGGGCUUAAGGGACGCGCAGGAUGGUGGAAGGACACUAUACAGAAGGAGGAGAAGGAGGUGGCGGAAGAAGAAGAAGAAGAAGUGGCGGUGAGAAAGUGAGGAUCAUGAACUCUAGAAAAACCUUAUGUACUGUUGCAAUUCUGGUCAUUUUGGGCGUGGGGGCGAGGGGGGUGGGGCUGCCGGAACCCCACCCACCGCCAGAGCCCCCAGUAGUUCAAGCCCUUACCAUAGGAACAAGAUCGCCCCCUGACCCCACCCCGGAUGAGACAGGAUCAAGGAGCGACGUGAGAGAAGGACUGAAUGUGGGUAUAAUUAUGCCGAUGACGAAAUUUAAACUGAGGAAGUACCAAGGUCAGGUCCGGACAGGGCUGAGGGUGUUUGACAAGAAGCUGGGGAGUAAAUACAGAUUUGGCUACAGCGAAUUUAUACAGCAGCAGCUCCCCAUUAACCCUUCACCUACCAAGAUCUUGGACACGCUCUGUGAUAAGUUCCUGCCGAUGAACGUGUCUGCCAUCAUCUACACCACGAAAGACGAGAGGUUCGGGCGCAACACAGCCUCGUCUCAGUACUUCCUGCAGCUGGCGGGCUACCUCGGCAUCCCUGUCAUUGCCUGGAACGCCGACAACUCUGGACUGGAGCAGGCAUCAAUGAGCGGCCUACGGAUUCAGAUGGCGCCUUCAAUCCACCACCAGGCUGCCGCUAUGCUGAGUAUCCUUGUUAGGUAUCAGUGGCACGCCUUCACCAUUGUCACCAGCCACAUCGCAGGCCACUCAGACUUCGUGCAGACCGUGAGAGACCAAGUUCACCAGUAUAGAGACACACAGGACCUCUCCAAGCCCAAUAUUAAAUUCACGAUAAUCGACACAGUACUGCUGAACCAGGCUGAGAAGGACUUGGCGGUGGUGGUGGACAGCGAGGCGCGCAUUAUGCUCCUCUACUCUACCAACGAGGAGGCCAAGCACAUCAUGAGGUCUGCAGAGAAGCUUAGUCUAACAGGAAAAAAUUACGUGUGGAUUGUGACGCAGAGUGUUGUCGGUCCCAGUGAGUUUGCCCCCAGUGACUUCCCCGUGGGCAUGCUGGGCGUUCACUUCGACACAGAUGACAACGCGCUGCAGGAAUCUUUAGUGACCACCGUUCGAAUCUUUGGGUAUGGUGUGAUCAACUUCCUCAGUGACAACAGGAAUGAACACCUCAGCCUGAACCCCCAGCUGUCCUGCGAGGGCCACACCAACGCGCGCUGGGCCCUCGGUGCGACCUUCUACAGGUACCUCAAGAAUGUGAGUGUUCCCUACGACAAGGUGUACGAGGAUCUGGAUUCGAAAAGGGAAGACAGACAUAACGUUGUGGAAUUCCUGCAAGAUGGAACCCGGAAGGACGUGGAGCUAAAAAUUAUGAACUUGAGGCCUGGCGGGGGUUCAGGCACCAGCAAGAAGUGGGAGGAGAUUGGCACGUGGAAUUCGUGGGAACCUGAAGGAGUGACCAUCAACGACAUUGUGUGGCCAGGUCACCAACACGUGCCUCCUCCAGGGGUGCCGGAGAAGUUCCAUUUGAAGAUUGUGUUUCUUGAGGAGCCGCCGUACAUCAGCCUCGCCUCGCCAGACCCUGUGACGGGGCAGUGCAGCGCCAACAGGGGAAUAUUGUGUCGUAUUGCUACCGAGGCGAUGAUGGCAAACGUCACCAACGUCACCCUGGCACAGCAAAACAGCACCUAUUUCCAGUGUUGCUCCGGUUUCUGCAUCGACAUGUUACAGAAAUUUUCGGCUGAACUGGGAUUCACUUACGACCUCUUCCGCGUUGAGGAUGGGAAGUGGGGCACCCUGGAGGGGUACAAAUGGAACGGCUUGGUAGCGUCACUCAUCAACCACCGUGCUGACAUGGCCCUCACUAGCUUCAAGAUCAAUUCAGAGAGGGAGAGUGUUAUAGACUUCACUGUGCCCUUCCUGGAGUCUGGAAUAGCAAUAGUAGUGGCCAAAAGGACUGGAAUCAUCUCCCCUACUGCCUUCUUGGAACCGUUCGACACCGCCUCGUGGAUGCUGGUGGCGUUCGUGGCGAUCCAAGUGGCAGCCCUCACCGUCUUUCUGUUUGAGUGGCUCAGUCCAGGAGGCUACAACAUGAAGGUCGCUCCCCCCACGGACCACAAGUUCUCUCUGUUACGCACGUACUGGCUGGUGUGGGCCGUGCUGUUCCAGGCCGCCGUGCACGUAGACUGCCCUAAGGGAUUCACUGCCAGGUUCAUGGCAAACAUCUGGGCUAUGUUUGCCGUGGUGUUCCUUGCCAUCUACACAGCCAACCUCGCGGCCUUCAUGAUCACGAGGGAGGAAUACCACGACCUGUCUGGCAUUGAGGACCACAGGCUGCAGAACCCAUACUUCAAGAAACCACCCUUCAAGUUUGGUUUUGUGCCCUUCACCAACACGGAAACCAUCCUCUCGAAACACCAACCAGAGAUGUUUCAGUACAUGCGUCAAUACAACAAAUCAUCCAUCACUGCCGGCAUUAAGUCCAUCAAGAAGGGAGAGCAGGACGCCUUUAUCUACGACGCCACUGUGCUGGACUACCGCGUGGGCCAGGACGACGAGUGCACACUGCUGACUGUAGGGGCGUGGUACCACAUGACUGGUUACGGCAUUGCUUUCCCGCGGGGCUCCAAACACACGGCCCAGUUCAACGAGAGACUCAUGAGCUACAAGGAUAACGGAGACAUGGAGAGAAUUCAAAGGUUCUGGCUGACGGGAGCGUGCAAACCUAAAAAGCAGAACAAGAGAGCGUCAGAACCCUUAGCAUUGGAGCAGUUCUUGUCAGCCUACCUGCUCCUGCUCACGGGCGUCCUGCUGGCCCUCGUGCUGCUGCUGCUUGAACACGCCUACUUCAAAUACGUGAGGGGGCACUUACAGAAAACGGACAAGGGAGGUUGCUGCGCCCUCGUGAGUUUGAGCAUGGGAAAAAGCCUCAACUUCCGCGGCGCAGUGAUAGAAGCCCACAACAAGCUCCUCCGCCAUCGUUGUCGUGACCCGCUUUGUGACACUCACAUCUGGAAGGUCAAGCACGACCUGGACAUGGCGAGGGUCAAGAUCAAGCAGCUGGAAAAGGAACUGGAAAGCCACGGGGUCAAGCCUUCCAGGAAAUUUGCUACAAGCUUGACCAAUGCCCCAGAGAAGGAAAUGAUUGGUUCUCAUCAAGUGUAUGGUUUACAAGACAUGGACCAGAAAUCACAUCACAUCAAAUGAGCCGACACGCCCCUCCACCGCUACCCCAGCCACGCCCACACCCUGAGACGGGCGCCAGGCAGAGGUCGUCGCAAGAGAUAAGGGAGAUAGCAGAGAUGGAGACGGUUCUAUAAGGAGACGGAGACAUGGUAUGGUGUGUGUUGCUGUGUAUAUAUACCAUGCUGUAUUAACUGUGUUUCAUAUUUUCUUGUUUAUUUUUAUUUUUUCAAGAGGUCGGUAGGAAAUUAAGGGUUAUUUUUCAGUCACACCUCCGUUUACGUGGAAGAAAGUGUGAUGUGUAAAGAAAAGGAGACGUUUGUUAAAGAAAACGGUAUGUUUAUUAGAGAAAGUGGGAUGUGUGUAAAAGAAAAUGGGAUAUCUAAAGAAAAUGGUGUGUAUUCAAAGAAAAUGAGAUGUCUAGAGAAAACGGUGUGUUUAAAAAAAAAAAAAAAGUGGGGGAAUAUGUUAAAUAAUGGUGGUUUUGGUGUUUUUAGGUUAAUAAUGAUAAUAAUGAUGUUACUGCGUGCGUCAAUAACUAUAAUAUUAAUAACGAUGACAAUAAUGAUAAUACAUAAAAAAAAAGAAAAAAAAAAUCAUGUAUACAGUAAUAAAAAAAACAAAAAAAAAGUUUGAUAACUGUAAAAAUUAUUACAUAGGGAAAAAAAAAUAAUGAUAAUAAUAACAAAAAAUAAUAACAAUAUGCCAACCGUUUAUAUAAUAUACUAAUAAUGUUAAGUAUAUAUAGAUGUGCGUGUGUGCGUGCGCGCGUAUGUAUGUAUGUAUGUGCGUGCGUGCGUGUCUAUACUAUCAAUGCUCAUUUGUUUGUAUAAGUGAACUGGGAGAAAUAUAAAGGACUGAAUCUCUUAUGUAAGGAAUCGAAUCUCUUAAUGUAAAGGAUCACAUCGUCUAUAGCGGCGCGACACGAGAUUCUGACACAUAUAUUGCUUUUCUCAUACUUCUUGUCACUUCCUUUUACUUCAUGUUGUCUAUAGCGUAAGGGUGAGGCGGGGUGUGUCUGUGUGUGUGUGUGUGUGUGUGUGUGUGUGUGUGUGUGUGUGUGUGUGUUGGUAUAUAUAUUGUUGUUUGUUGUUGCUGUUUUUGAUUAUUAUUAUUAUUAUUAUUAUUAUUAUUAUUAUUAUUAUUAUUAUUAUUAUUAUUAUCGCUGCUGUUAUUGUUAUUGUUGUUGUUGUUGUUAUUAUUAUUGUUGUUAUUAUCAUUAUUGUUAUUAUUAUUACACUACUACUACUACUACUACUACUAUUACUACUACUACUACUACUACUACUACUACUACCACCACUACCAGUACUACAAUGCUACUACUACUACUUCUACUACUACUACUACUACUACUACUACUACUACUACUGCUACUACUACUGCUACUACUACUACUACUACAA